CAGCUCCAUGCCUACACCAAGCUAGCCAAGCUAGCCAGCCACCUUCGUCUCCGUUAACUUUUGCAAUCCUUCCACGUUAAAAUUAGGAAGGAACCGGGCUUGUGAUUGAUCAAAAGCAACCAUGAUGUGCCCGCUCUUCAGAUUUUCUCUCCUCAUCGUCCUAUUACCAUCCACGUUCUGGACGGACGCAAACGCAGUGCGCAGCUCGACGCUUCUCCUAGCACGCUCUGAUCAGUUGGUAUCGCCCAACGCCGGCUCGCCGCUUGCGGCAUGGGCGGCCUCCAUCGCCGCCCAGUCCGCCGCCGACGCGGCCGGUGUCGCCACGCUCGCGGCCAAGCCCAAGCCCAAACCCAAAGGCCACAGCAGGCACACGUUCGUGCCGAUCGCGGCGGGGCGGCAGAUCCUGCGCACCCCGAGCUACGUGGCCCGCGCGCGGCUCGGCACGCCGCCGCAGACGCUCCUGGUCGCCAUCGACCCCAGCAACGACGCCGCCUGGGUGCCCUGCAGCGCCUGCCUCGGCUGCGCGCCCGGCGCUUCGUCGCCUUCCUUCGACCCGACGCAGUCGUCCACGUACCGCCCCGUGCGCUGUGGCGCGCCGCAGUGCGCGCAGGUGCCGCCCGCGACGCCGUCCUGCCCCGCCGGCCCCGGCGCGUCCUGCGCUUUCAACCUCUCCUACGCGUCCUCCACGCUCCACGCCGUCCUCGGCCAGGACGCGCUCUCCCUCUCAGACAGCAAUGGCGCCGCCGUCCCGGAUGAUCACUACACGUUCGGCUGCCUACGCGUGGUCACCGGCUCCGGCGGCUCGGUGCCGCCGCAGGGGCUCGUGGGCUUUGGCCGCGGACCGCUGUCGUUCCUCUCGCAGACGAAAGCCACCUACGGGUCCAUCUUCUCCUACUGCCUCCCCAGCUACAAAUCCUCCAACUUCUCUGGCACGCUGCGGCUGGGUCCCGCCGGUCAGCCCAGGAGGAUCAAGACGACGCCGCUGCUCUCCAACCCGCACCGCCCGUCGCUCUACUACGUGGCCAUGGUCGGCGUCCGCGUGAACGGCAAGGCCGUGCCGAUCCCGGCAUCGGCGCUCGCUCUGGACGCGGCCACGGGGCGCGGCGGCACCAUCGUGGACGCGGGCACCAUGUUCACGCGCCUCUCGCCGCCGGCCUACGCCGCGUUGCGCAACGCGUUCCGGCGCGGAGUAAGCGCGCCCGCGGCGCCGGCGCUCGGCGGAUUCGACACGUGUUACUACGUUAACGGGACGAAGUCGGUGCCGGCCGUGGCGUUUGUGUUCGCCGGAGGGGCACGGGUGACGCUGCCGGAGGAGAACGUGGUGAUCAGCAGCACUUCGGGCGGCGUGGCUUGCCUGGCGAUGGCGGCGGGGCCGUCUGACGGCGUGAACGCUGGGCUUAACGUGUUGGCCAGCAUGCAGCAGCAGAACCACCGGGUUGUGUUCGACGUUGGCAAUGGCCGCGUCGGGUUCUCUCGCGAGCUCUGUACGGCCGUCUGAUCUUCUGCGUGCAACUGUACUAGCUUCUACUACUUCAUCGGACUUCGAUUGAUAGGGCUUUCGAACUUGCGUGUGUUUUAUGCCACUGGUGCUGUGUAUGUUUCUCGCUUUGCCGUGGAAUUGAUUAAGCAGAGGAAUAUAGCAUGGAUCAUAAUACUAUUCGGUGCCUUAAUUA